UUCAUUUGACCACAAUGCUUACCAAAUAAAGUGCAUAAAAUGCAGUUAAAGCCUAGUUUGAAAAUUUUACUAUUCUUAACGUGCUUCGUUCACUUAUGCAAUGGCAGUGAGAUUCUUUUGCUCAUUUCCUGUCCACAGCAGGCGGCAGAGCAUUGUCGCGCCCUACGCGAAAAUCUGCGAGAGCAACAAAUAUCGGAGGCGAUCCCAACGGAUUAUAAUUAUGCCAUUAAGGUGCACAUAAUGCAUGAACUAUUCAAUUAUUGGACUCUGCUCGAUGCGUUGCCCUAUUUGCGAGGCAAGACACGUCUGCUAAACGCGAACACCGAUUGGAUUAUCUGGUGUCAGCACAACACGCACGUCGCCUCGCUGCGUGGCCUGCUCGACCAACUGCAGCAACGGGAUGCGCAAGAGUUAGCUUAUUACGGACACGCCUUGUACGACGCCGAAGCGACGAUUGUGCAUCACUUUGCCAACUACAAAGAUCCAACAUGGUUUCCAUAUCCCAUGUUAACUGCUGGCGUUGUUUUUACAGGUGCUUUGCUGCGCAGCCUGGUCGAACUUGUUGCUGUUAAUGCCCCAAAUGCCACAAGGCACAGCGAAUUUGCUAUAGAUGCAGCCCAUGAACUAGCCCGAUUCAUUUUCGAUAAUAUAGCACCUGCUGAUGAUGGCGGCAGCAGCAGUGGCAGUGGCAGUAGAAGUAACAACAUCGACAUCAGCAUCAGUAAAGACGACGACGACUUUGUCGACAUGUUGCAGCGCAAAAUAAUUUUGAAAAGUGCUGACUACAUUUGUCCCUGGGCGAGAGUGUCGCCAGCCUGGUCGUUGGCAUCCUUAGAGACGACAGCAAAGGAGUCAAGCCCUGUGUCCUGUGUCUUGCAUGCCAAGCCGGAAAUGGCCGCUGGGAAUGCUAUGCAUUGUGUGCACACAACUGGCGCACACAUCUAUUUUGCAAUCAAGACCUGUGCAAAAUUCCAUAAGGAACGUAUACCAAUCAUCGAACGCACCUGGGCGCCCGAUGCCAUCCGGCGCAAAUACUACAGCGAUGUGGCAGAUGAUGGUAUACCAACAAUCGGCACUGGCUUACCCAACGUACCGACUGGACAUUGUGCCAAAACAUUGGCAAUUUUGCAACUAUCCCUCAAGGAUAUCAAUGAGCUAACAGACAUACGCUGGCUGAUGCUUGUCGACGAUGAUACGCUACUGAGCGUACCUCGUCUCAGCGGUCUGCUCAGCUGCUACAAUCAUACGGAUCAUAUAUAUCUGGGUGAACGCUAUGGCUAUCGACUCUAUGCGGCGGAUGGCUUCAAUUAUCAUACAGGCGGGGCUGGAAUUGUGCUUAGUGUGCCGCUGCUGCGACUUGUGGUGCAGCGUUGCAGUUGUCCUACAGCAAGUGCACCAGAUGACAUGAUAUUGGGCUACUGUCUGCAGGCAUUGGGCGUGACGGCCACACAUGUGCCCGCCCUGCAUCAGGCACGGCCGCAGGACUAUGCGCCAGAGCUGCUGCAGCUCAAUGCUCCUAUCUCGUUUCACAAAUACUGGCACACGACGCCGGAGCACACGUACAAACGUUGGCUGGGUGGCGCCUUGGGCAAUGCAAGCUCAGGACAUGCGACUACCAAGGAUCGACGUGAUGCGCCGCUGGCGCUAAACGAACUGCUGCAGCUGACCAAUCUGGCAGCUGGCUUGGAAGGCUCCGCCAAGCAUCUGGAUCUCUAA